UGGUCACUUAGGGUAAUACUCUUAAGGAAACUUUACAUUUCAUGGUUUUUUGGAAUUAACCAGAGCUUCUCUGAAGACAUAAAAGAAACUGAGUGAAAAAUCGCAGUAGUCCUGGCUACGUGUGUGAAGCUCUUCAACUAGAGGGAAAUCUGGUGCUGGACAAAGAGCUGGAGAUGAAGGUACAUCCAAGGGACUAUUGAUCAUUUCAACUAAGGAAUACGGGGUGCUUUGCAUUCAAGAGUACAGAAAACACAGCAAAGUGGAGUCACGUACACGCAAGAGCUUCAUGGGCUUGAAGGAUCAUCUGGGGCAUGACCUAGGCCACCUUUAUGUGGAGAGCACUGACCCACACUUAAGUACAUCUGUACCUUGGUCAAUGGUAGAAAAACCAACAAUGGAUAAAGUUAAUUCUGAGAAGGAAGAAAAAGAGGUGUCUGAGGAGAAUGCGAGCUCCGGUGACUCUGAAGAAAGCACAAAUUCUGAUAAUGAGUCAGAACAAUUGAGCAGCAUUUCAGUAGAGCCAUGUUUAUUAACCAAGACUCACAGACAACUGCGCAGGUCUCCCUGUUUAGAGCCUCACUUACUCAAACACAGUGAUAUUUUGCAAGACUUUAAACCUGAGGAGUCCCAGACGACCACCAAGGAAAUGAAGAAACCCCCCAAUGUGGUGCGAGAAUACCAAACGAAACUGGAGUUUGCACUUAAGUUAGGUUAUUCUGAAGAACAGGUUCAGCUUGUGCUAAACAAACUUGGUACCGAUGCUUUAAUCAAUGAUAUUUUGGGAGAACUUGUCAAACUUGGAAAUAAAAGUGACGCGGAACAAACUGUCAGUACAAUGAACAGUAUAAUUCGGGAAGCGUCUUCCCUGGAAUCCCAGCGGUCAGAAUCUCCAAUGCAGGAGAUUGUAACAGAUGACGGGGAAAAUCUGAGACCCAUAGUUAUUGAUGGCAGCAAUGUGGCAAUGAGCCAUGGAAACAAAGAAGUAUUUUCCUGCCGAGGAAUAAAAUUGGCAGUGGACUGGUUUUUGGAAAGAGGCCACAAGGAUGUCACAGUCUUUGUACCAGCUUGGAGAAAAGAGCAGUCCCGACCCGACGCUCUCAUCACAGAUCAAGAAAUUCUCCGUAAAUUAGAGAAGGAGAAAAUCCUGGUAUUUACGCCAUCGAGGCGAGUACAGGGGCGGCGAGUGGUGUGCUACGACGACAGGUUCAUUGUGAAGCUGGCCUUUGAGUCGGAUGGCAUAAUCGUAUCCAAUGACAACUACAGGGAUUUGGCCAAUGAGAAACCAGAAUGGAAGAAGUUCAUAGAUGAACGAUUACUAAUGUAUUCAUUUGUCAAUGACAAGUUCAUGCCUCCUGAUGACCCUCUUGGCAGACACGGCCCAAGCCUGGAUAACUUUCUGAGGAAGAAACCUAUUGUUCCUGAACACAAAAAGCAGCCUUGUCCAUAUGGAAAGAAGUGUACCUAUGGACACAAGUGCAAAUAUUACCACCCCGAGAGGGGCAGUCAGCCUCAGCGGUCAGUGGCCGAUGAACUUCGAGCCAUGUCUAGAAACACAGCAGCCAAAACUGCAAACGAAGGAGGGCUGGUGAAAAGCAACAGCGUCCCCUGCAGCACAAAGGCCGACGGCACUUCCGACGUCAAGCGAGGUGCUCCAAAGAGGCAAUCGGAUCCAAGCAUAAGGACUCAGGUCUACCAAGACCUCGAGGAAAAGCUUCCCACCAAAAACAAACUAGAAACCAGGUCUGUACCGUCCUUAGUUAGUAUACCGGCUACUUCUACCGCAAAACCCCAAAGCACGCCAUCUUUAAGCAAUGGCCUUCCAUCUGGAGUUCAUUUCCCACCUCAGGAUCAAAGACCACAGGGACAGUACCCUCCAAUGAUGAUGGCAACCAAAAACCAUGGAACGCCAAUGCCUUAUGAGCAGUAUCCAAAAUGCGACUCACCUGUCGACGUCGGGUAUUACUCCAUGUUGAACGCGUAUUCAAAUCUGAGCAUCUCAGGCCCGAGGAGUCCUGAAAGGCGUUUCUCUUUAGACACAGAUUACAGGAUAAGCUCUGUCGCCUCUGACUGCAGCAGCGAAGGCAGCAUGAGCUGUGGGAGCAGUGACUCGUACGUGGGGUACAACGACCGCUCCUACGUCAGCUCCCCCGACCCGCAGCUGGAAGAGAAUCUCAAGUGUCAGCACAUGCACCCCCACAGCCGCCUUAAUUCCCAACCCUUCCUGCAGAACUUCCACGACCCCUUAGCCAGAGUGCAGAGUUACAGUCACGAAGAACCAAAGUACCAUCACAAGCCACCUCUCCCCCACCUGGCCGUGCACCUGCAGCACCCCGCCGUGGGGGCCCGGUCCAGCUGUCCCGGCGACUACCCCUCUCCUCCGAGUUCAGCGCACUCCAAGGCACCACACCUGGGGCGGUCCUUAGUGGCCACGAGAAUAGACAGCAUCUCUGACUCUCGGCUGUACGACAGUUCUCCUUCCAGGCGAAGAAAGCCUUACUCCCGCCAGGAAGGGCUGGGGAGCUGGGACAGGCAGAGCUACGGGAUAGACGCCUAUGGCUACCGGCAGACCUACUCCUUGCCUGAUAACUCCACGCAGCCCUGCUACGAGCAGUUCACCUUCCAGAGCCUCCCGGAACAGCCGGAGCCCACCUGGCGAAUCCCGUACUGCGGAGCAGCGCCACAGGACCCCCCGAGGUACCAAGACAGCCGCGAAAAGAUUUACAUCAACCUGUGCAACAUCUUCCCGCCCGACCUUGUGAGAAUUGUGAUGAAAAGGAACCCUCACAUGACAGAUGCCCAGCAGCUGGCUGCAGCCAUUCUGGUGGAGAAAUCACAGCUGGGUUAUUGAAAGAUGAUGCAUCUUUGUGGUGUUUAGUAGUUUUUUGUUCAGCUCAAAUGCUGAGGGAGGUUUGCUACAAUAGCACAUGUGAUCUCCUUCUCAGCAAGGAGGUUAUAUAGUAUCCAUUUAUGUGAAAUACUGUAUCAUGGAAUCUGUAUGUAUAGCCCCACAUAGUGGAAAUAUCACGGGAUUACUUUACAUUCAAACUUUUUUUUUUAACAUUUCCUUUUUAAAGCUCUAUCCUUGGCUGGAAAUUUUUCCAGUUUGAUUUAUUAGAUGUAUCUGUGAUCUUUGAUAUUAAUCUUUGGUGCACCAGGGGUUUAUAUGCAGCACUUUUUAUCCUUGUUUCAUGUUUUAUUAACUUGGUGUUUGUCUAUCGAUUGCAAGCAAUUACAAUACUUUCAGAAUGUUGAACAUUUGACUAAACCUAGCAAACUAUUUUUUCAAGCCAAGCUUAAUUGGAAUCUUUUACAGCUUUUUAAGUUAUUUUUAUUUGGGGAAAGUGGGCUUCUUUGUGCUAUAAUCAUUAUUUAUAGAAACAAAGAUAUACUACAGCACUGACUUUAUAUUUUAAACAAAAUGUAAGUUACCAGUUUAUGUUGAAAUGGGUAACGGUAUAUAUUAGAAUAAUUUACAAUAUGGCACUUUUCAUUUUCUUUUUGUUUGGAUUUUUGUGUUAAGUAAUUAGUUAAUUUAAUAUGGUUGAUUUAAAGGAAAGCAGAUGCAAUCAAUGGAAAAAAAGUUUCCACUUUUUUUUAUUAAAAAAAAGGCAAAAGCCGUAACUGUUACAGUUUAGAGCUCUGUUAUCCAGCUAUAUGAUGUGCUUCUAGACAGUAGAAAUGGAAUUGAAUUCCUAGACUUCCAUUAACCUGUAUUUUUAAUGUGUUUGUCUUUUUGUUUGGGGGCACAACAAUACUGGAUAAAAUAACCCUUUCGCAGUACUUGCCUGUUUUUAAUGAAUCUAAUUAUUCGCAAUGCAACUUUUAUAUUUAAUAUACUCUUUAGCUUUCCUGCUGUUUAUCAAGGCUGGCCUGAGGUGGUUUUAUGUGUUGAGGAUAUGCAACCUUUAUUGAUACUGCACUAUAGAAAUGGUGAUGGAGGACUUGUAAAUGGUAACUUAAGAUUUUUGUAAGAUACUGUAUAUUUUCCAUUUUCCUGACGGUAGUUUUUUGGAAGGCCUGUUAUAUUAUUAAGGCCAGAUUCUUGCCACUAAUAGUGUAGUUUUAGAUACAGACUCGAGUCUGUGCUAGUAUUAGUAAGGGAUUUUUCUGGUUUCAAAGUCAUGGGUUUUGCUGGAUGUGGGUUCCUUUCUGUCAUUAGAAGAUAGGUGAGAUGCAAUCAGCGGCAGGCAGAGGUGUGACGGACACAACUUCACCAUUGCCUCCAGUUUUUGAGUUUUACUUUGUGUAACAGACUCAUUGCGAUCUGUUUCUGUCGUCUGCCUAGAUGCCCUGGUUAUCCUGGUUAUUCUCCUUGCUACAGUUUGAAGUAAAGCCCUGAAAAGCCAGAAAGUACCUAUUACUGUUGAUACAAAUUGUAUCUUUUUAACUAUAAGAACUAUUUUGAUUUGUAGAUCUAGUUAAAAACACCAACGUGUAACUAUGGUUAGACUUUUGGGCAACAUUUUAUCCCUUAUUUAAAUACAAAUUUUUAAAGUACAAUUGAGGUCUAGAAUAGGGUAGAAAAUAAAAGUUAACCACUUAGGUAAAUAAAAGUGUCUGUCUUAGUUUUCUAUAUUAAAAUAUAUUAAAGGAAUUUAUUGGCAUUUUCUUUCUCCUAAAACGUUAUCUAGCGUGAACUUAAAAUAAAGGUAAAAUGCUGCCUGAAAAUAAAGUCCAAGCAUCUUUGACGAGGACAACAUUUUCACUACUCAUGUGACACUGUGUGUCACCUGAAGUAGGAUUUGGGUUACAGUAAAUGCUUCUAAAAGGCAUUGUGCAUAUUGACAUAUCCAAUAAUCUGAACCGUGUUCAGCAAACCUAAUUCAGGAAGGUGGGGUUCACAGUUGCUGCUGCCGUCUGCGAGGUGAGGUGGCCCUCGCUGUGCCCGCAGAGGACACGGGCGCUGCCACACGGACCAGCUGGUGUCCUCCGAGCGGGCUGCUCUCUUGUGAAACCCUUCUCCUGAUUUUGUCGGUCACUCUCUGUAACAAGUCUAAUGCAGAGGCUAACCCAGUGCCAAAAAAUAGGGUUACAAACGUGGAGGACCUUUCAUUUCAGUCUUAUUCUAAGCUUGCUUGCUUGCUUUUUUCCUCUUUUUUCUUUCUUUCUUUUUUUUAAGUAGGAUAUCAUUUUUAAAUUGUACACAUAGGUUUUGCUUCCAUUUUUGGAGUUUUUGCAUUUUCAUUAUUUGCAGAGUCUGCCAAACUUUAUUAAAUUUCUUUCAGUGAGAUCUUAGGUAAAAUGUGUGCUGCACCCUUUUAAUUUGACCUCCUCAUGUCUGUAGUUAACUCUUGGUCGUUACUUCCUGGAUUUUAGACUGUGGGAAAACAGUGGGGUUUGCUGCGGCCUGUCCUAAAAUGAAUAGCUCUGAAGAGCCACACUGAGAUGCUGCAGCGCAAUUGAUUGGGAGUUAAGAAAUAGCAGUCUUCUUAGGUCGAGAGGCAAUUUGUGCGCCCACCCCCACCCCCCCCCCCCGCCUUUUAUUUAUUUAUUUUUUGAAGCACCAGUUUUGCUUUCAGACUUAAGAAUGAGGUGUUUGGCUGACUUUAGAUACAGCAGUUUUUAAUAAAGCAAUAAGUAAAAUGCUCCAUCGUUCCAUUAAAGCCAGAGCUGAUCCCAAACCUUCAUUUCCGCCAAAACUUUCGCCUUCAUCCUAUCUGUUUCCAGAUUUGCUAACAAAUAACAGGAGAGAGGUGCGUUAGUAAGUAGUGAAACUGCCAGACGUGAUCAACUGAUAGAAAAGGAGGGACUCAGGUUGGAAUAUUCUGCCCCCGAAUAACUGACAGUUACUGUACUUUACACAGUAAUGAGCCAAUUUGUUGUCUCUGUGUCUUAGUACAGAGGGAGUAGUACCCAACUGGCCAAAUUCUGGCCCUUAGUAUUUCCUCCUUUCUUGCAUGUGAUACAUAAAGUUUUCAGUCUCCAUUGAAUGAUCUCUGUGUCCUGAUAGAGUUUGUCAUUGACCUAAAUAAACAUUUGAGAGAAAUGCACACCAGUAUAAAGUAUUUGAUACUGGUAGAAACUUGAACAUUGUGUUUUUAUGAAAAUGCAUUUAUGAGAAUAUGUAAUAUAGCUGAAAAAGAGUGUUAUAUAUAUAUAUAUAUAUAUACACAUACAUGCAUACAUAUUUGUUAUGAAGUACUAAAAAUGGGAGAGUGUUCGGCUUGAUGGCUAACUUUUCCUUAAUUGAACUAUGUUUGCGUUAUGGACGACCAAGUCUGGAGUGUAGAUGAAAUGACCAAUGAUAAGAUGUAGACCCACUUGAAUGAAAAGCAACUCUUCACUGGUUUUUUUUUUUUUCCUAGUAUUUUUAAAUAAUUAUUUUGAUAAUUUUAAAAGAAUGUGUAAUUUUAAAACACACAAAAAAACCUGAAAGUAGUAUUGAUUAUACAGAUAAUUAUUUAACAUGCCUUUUAUGGAUGUAUCUAUAUGUACAUAGACAGUAAUAUAUUUAUAAAAUAAAUCUACUUUAUGUUGUAGUUGUUGGUUUGUGGUAGGUGGGAGGAGGGCUCUGCUCUGGAAAUGUCUGUGUGUGUUUUGAAAACUCUUGAGCUGUUUUUCUCCUGACUCAAUGGCAUUUACCCUCGGGGGUAUUUGGUUUUUGUCAUUCUCCUUGCUCUUCACCUUCCUUAUUAAAGACAAAAGAAGAUGUAGUUUCCCAGCCGUUCUGUUAGGUAUGGUUCAUCCAUUCUGUUAUCAUCCAACUCCUGGAGAUUUCCUGAGUGACCUCAAAUCAGACAGGUCACAGCCGGACAGAUGGGUCAUGUUGCAAAUAUAUUAAACAUGGGAACUCAGCUGGGAUGCUGAGCUUCCUGAGUGUACCGACAAAUAAAAUGAUGUACACGAUGUGUGAACGACACACACGCAUGCGCAAAGGGAGAGCAGAGCAGGAACAACAGUAGAGAAACAUGCAUUUGCUUCGAUUGAUUCGUGACACCCCCAAGGGCAGGGGCUGACAAACUUUUGCGAUUCAUAGGGUCUCUAUAAACCACUCAUCCUCUGCCCUUAGAGUGUAAAAGCAGCUACAGAAAACACAUAAAUGACUGGGUGUGGCUGUGUGCCAAUGAAACUUUAUUUUAAGGGGCAGCAGGACCAAUUUGGCCUGUGGGCCAUAGUUUGCCGAUUCCUGCCCUAGAGGGAAAGAAACUGACAUAUCACGCAGUAAAUCCUGAUAGAUGUAAAGGUAAGAAAUAAUUUUUCAUUUGGCAUUCAAGAAAACCUAUUAUUGAUGGCCUUCAAAAGAAGACUGUGACAGUCAUAUGAAAGCAUCUUAAUUCGCUUGUGUUUUUAGCCUGGUCACACCAUUAUGAGAGACAUUUCUUGUAUGUAACCACUCAAGAAAGAAAGCAUUCUGUAAAAAGAUGUUUUAAUAAGUAUUGAAAUUUUUUCAGGAACUUUCUAUUUCUAUUGAUAAAUGGGAAUCUGUUACCUUCCUUUUGUUUCUUAAGGGCCUCAUGGACCAAAUAUUCUGUUGUAUUUUGAAAAUUAGCACAUAAUUAGCCAUAAAAUAUUUUAAAGACUGCGUUUAUCAGUUACAUUUUUUCUGCUGGUUUUUGACUUCUCAAAAAAAAAAAAAAAAGACAAAUGUGCCCUUCUUUAAAAAUGAUUUUAAAGAAGAUCAAUAUAUUGUAUGUUCACAUACUGUAACUUUAUUCUGUAAAAUUAAAAAUUGUGACUCGUGUAAUUACAGCUGUAAUGUGAGUGCACUUGCUGUUUUGUGACUCUCUUUAUAAGGAACAAAAUGUACCCCUGCUUUCUCUGUCCAAACCUUCAGUAUAGAUUUUUUAAGACAGUUUGGGACUGUCCUUGGUGAAUUAUCAUGACCAUGUGUGAUUUUAAAUUCAUCCAAGUACACCCGGAGCAUGUUCAUUCACUGUGCUCCUAAGUUGUGUUAACAUUGUAACAUCAUUUCCAUAGUAACAGUAAGUAGUCUUGAGCAUUGCCACCCACUCAAGCAGUCACCCUUUCUUUUAAGAUUGGAAUAGAACCCUAGCUUUUAAUGGGUGUUUACUGUCUUAAAUGGUUACUUAAUUUUUUUUUUUUUAACGCCCUCUGUUAACCUGCUUUUUGCUUCUGUUACAAUAAUACUUUCCUGUGUUUGGAGUGGUUUUUUUCCCUAAGGUCCUUAGUCUUUCAGAUUUAAAAAUACUUCAAGGUUUUGACCACUGGGCAAUUUGGCAUUAAAAAAAAAAAUGCAUGUUUCAAUUUGGUUUUAUAAAAGGUGUAGAAGUUUCACUUUUUAAACCAUGUACCAUACCCGAUUUUUUAGCUUCCUGUUCAUAUAGUUCAGAUAAAUAACAAAUUGUUGUUCAUGAAAGUUUUUGACCCCUUUCUUAAAGCAGAUUGUUCCUCAUGGGCAAAAGACAUUGAAGAGCAGUGGUGUUUUUAUAAAAAUAUGUUUUAGAUUUCCUUUGGUUUUUGGAAAUCCUAACUGUCCCAGCUAGUACAGAAUAUCCAUCAACAUGCACUCUCCUGCAGAGACCUGACACAGCAUUGCCAGGGAGGCUGCUUUCGGACUUCAUCCUUUCCUUCUAGGUUUUCUUCUGCCAAACUGUAGUUGUCUGCUGAGAGUGGAAGUUCCAUUUUGAUCCUUCAGACUUUUCUUAUAGGAAAAUAAGGCAAAGCAUAUGUUUGAACAACCAUCCAAUCAACCGAUGUGAUUCUGUUUAUCCUGAGUGUUCUGUGUGUUUGUGUAAUGGAAUUUUUACAACUCUAAAAAGCAGUAUUUUAGACCUACUGGAAAUCCGUCUCAUAACAGCUAUGUGAUUCUACCACUGAGAAGAAAAAAAAAUUAAAAAUUUCAUUUUUCUUAUG